AUGGUGUUUUAUCUUUCCUUUCUCAGUCACAUAGAAAAAAUUACAACAUGGCAAGAUCCUCGAAAAACUAUGAACCAGACACUGAAUCACAUGAGCCACCAUCCCGCAGCUACUUCCACACCGAUACAACAGAGGUCCAUGGCAAUGUCUCAGCCAAAUCUCGUCAUGAAUCACCAGCACCAAAUAACACCCAGCACUGCCAUGUCGCAGCAGAGUCGUCCUCCCCAGACUCCGCAGCCGGGGCUGUUGAACCUGCCCAGUGCCCUGACCACACAGCAGCAGCAGCAGCAGAAGUUGAGGCUCCAGAGGAUCCAGAUGGAGAGGGAGCGAAUCAGGAUGCGUCAGGAGGAGUUACUGCGACAGGAAGCUGCUCUGUGCAGACAACUUCCCAUGGACUCAGAAAGCAUGGCCCCCGUUCAGACAGCUGUGAAUGCACCUGCCAUGGCCCAAGACAUGAGACCUAUUACAAAUAACGGAUCCGACCCUUUCUUGAGCAGUGGGCCAUACCAUUCCAGGGAGCAGAGUACAGACAGUGGCUUGGGAUUAGGGUGCUACAGUAUACCAACGACACCUGAAGAUUUCCUCAGCAACGUGGAUGAGAUGGAUACAGGAGAAACUAUAGCACAGACAACAAUGAACAUCAAUCCACAACAAACACGUUUCCCUGAUUUCCUCGACUGUCUUCCAGGAACAAAUGUUGAUCUUGGGACUCUAGAGUCAGAAGACUUGAUCCCUAUUCUCAAUGAUGUGGAGUCAGUACUCAACAAAAACGAGCCCUUCCUUACCUGGCUGUAAUCGCUGAAUGCUGAUUCAGCCUACAGUGCGAUUCAGCAUUUCUUUUUCCUCUUGAGAUAGAGGUAGAAUAUAUGAAAAUCCUCAAAAGAUAUGACUUACUGCCUUAAUGACUUUUGUUACAUCAUCUUUAUGGUGAGGUUAAUCUCUGCCUGGAUUUGAUUGACACUAACUUAAGUAUAAAAUACAUAUAUAUAUAUAUAUA